AAAAACAUCAGAAUUUAGAAUUGUGAGAAAAAGUUGCAUAUACCUUUUUAUUUAUUUUGUAAUCCCGCUGCGGAAAUUGCCUUCCAUAUGCAAAUGAUUCAGGCAUUGGAACAAUAAAUUAAACUUUAGAGUUUAUGUUCAACAAAUGACAUCAUUUUAACAAUACUAAUAAAGCAUAAAGGAGUAAACAUGUACACGUAUGUGAAAUAAUACCUCUUAUGUUGUUAUAAACACUGAUACAGCCAUCUGCAGUGGUUUAGGAUUAUAAAUGCAUUGCAUAUUAAAUAUGGAUAUGUUUGAAGACCUGGAAGUUGCAUCACAGAUAUCUAUACUCAGUUUACAAAAAUGCACCCAAAUGCAUCAUGCUACUGGAUGAGUAGUAACACUUAGGAAUGUCUGAUAUCGAUGCUGCAGAGAACAUGCAUUGGCUGGAAAUCUUACGUUGGCGUUGUAAAGCAAGCUCUAGCUUUUUCACCGAUUAAAUGGGUGUUAAAAGAUCAGCAGGAUGUCCAUUGAUUUUGACAGUGCAGCUCUACAGACCCAGCAGGAGGAAGAGGAGUAUGAUCAGGAAGACUACGCCAGAGAGCAAGAGCUCCACAAGCUCCUGACUGAUCUCCCUGAUGAUAUGCUGGAUGACAGCGCCGACUGCUCCUCACCUGAGCUCAACUGCUCCACCUGCAGCCGCCCAGAAGACAACAACAGACCGCAGCAUGCCUGGAAUGUGCCACAAUGGGAGCAUCCAAGACCUUCUUCCCAUGAGGAACACUAUGAGGAGUACUACCAAGGCUCUUAUCAUGAGGACUACAGCUAUAAGAGUCACAUGUCUCAGACCAACAGUCACCCUCAUCACCUCCAGACCGGGACAGAACAUUUGGCCACCGGCUGGGACCAACAGAACGGACAGAACUACCAGUACCAGAAUGGAGACUAUGCACACUCAUCUGCAGGCACGGAUGAGUCCCACGGUACUGACUUCUCCCCUGGGGACGGGGCGGAACAGGACGUGCACCCUAAUAAUGCUCUUCAACGUGGGGCAGGCUACCAUGGAGAUGAGGCACAAGCCCAUGGAGAGCAUGACAACAUCAGACACCACUUUCAGGUGUUUGAUAGUGGAGGAGCUGGGAACAAACCCACUGACCACUACAAGGCCAGUUACCAUCCACAUCAACCUUCAAAUCAGCCCAAGAUGUUCAAUCCUCAAGUGACCAAUCAGAAUGGCCACUUUGACCAGAUUCAGAGAGACUUCCUGGACUCAACACAGAAUCCAGCAGACGGUCAGCAGCUGGCGCAGCUUCAGAUUUUAAACAGAGCUCAAUCCAGACAGAUCGAGGAGCUGGAACAGAAACUAGAGGACUGCAGGAGGAGGAUGAGAUAUCUGGAGCACCAGUUUGCCAUCGUCAAAGAGAGGAAAUGUGUGCGUACACAGAGCCUAAAGCAGCAGCAUGUGGCCGGUGCGGUGAUGGACAGCAUGAAGCAGCAGAUGAUGGAUCUGUGUCGCUCAGACACUCUGACACGAGCGCGUGAGCAGCACGAUAGAGACAUGGCCGCCAUCCAGGAGCAGUACGAAGCCAAACUGCUCACCCUUCAGCAGAAACUAGACACACAAUCACAGAGUCUGAACGAGCAGGCUGAGGCGGGCCAGCAGCUGCUGGAUCAGGUCCGGCUGCUGGAGCGUCAGAGGGAAGAGGAUCAGGUGGACAGAGCCGCUGUCAUCAACACCCUCACACAGCGCCUGGAGGAGAGCCAGCAGCAGUGUGCCAAACUGCUCCACACUGGCUCUGUUCAAGAGAUGAGUCAGUUACAGCUGAAGCUCCAGCAGGCCCAGUCUGCCCGCGCUAUCAGCGAAGACAUCAGCAAAGCCCUGCAGGAAGAGUUGACUGAUCUGAAGGAGCAGAUAAAUCUGUAUGAGUCUGCCAUUAACCAUGGAGCCCUGGGGUCUAAUGGAGACUGGGAGAACCAGCCGUCUGAGUCCUACAUGGACCUGGGCAUCAAGAAGUCCAAGUGGAGAAAUGGACGAAUGCACAGCAAACCUCAUAUUGCUGAAGCAGGAGACUCCAACCUGCUGAAGGAGGACGUGGUGCGAGAGCUGAAGAGCGAGUUGCAGUGCUGCCUGAGUCACCUGAAGACCAAGCGUCUGAAGAUCUCUGAGCUGCAGGAGGAGCUGCGACGCUCCCAGACCGGAGCAGAACAGCUGCAGACGCAGCUAGAGCAGGCUGAGAGGACCAUAUGGGACUCUAAGGUGAGGGAGAGCAGCUUGGAGAAAUGCAUGGAAACAUCUCACAUGACUGCCGCUCCUCACAAAGACCUCAUCAGACUGCAGGAGGAACGGCAGGUCCUGCAGGAGAGAGUGGAGGCUCUGGAGAAGAGCAAUCAGGAGCUGAAGCAGAGUGAGGAGAAGGUGAAGGCAGCCAACUCUGAGCUCUGCACCAAGAUGAGGGAGAUGAUCCAGGAGCUGGACCAGGAGAAACAGGAAGCAGCAGAGAGGGAUGAGAGGACUCCGCAGCAGUUCAGAGAUGACGUGGUGAAUCGUGUCCGGGAGCAGCUCACACAGGAGCACACGGCUCACAUAGAGCAACUCUCCAGCCAGCAUCAGCAGCACCUCCAACAGCUCCAGUCAAAGCUGGCUGAUCUCAGUCACGAGGUGUUAGCUGUGCAGGAAUGCUACAUUUCUGUUUGCAAAGAGAAAGACAAGCUGGAGGAAAAUCUCCAAAACAAGCUUGAAGAACAAAGGAGAUUGAAAGAAAAUGAGUUAAAGAGGCGAGAGGAGAGUGAGGCUGCUCUGGAGAGACUGAGGUCUGAUCUGGAGCGUCAGCAUCAGGAGGACGUGUCUCGGCUCAAAGCCCAGUGUGAGACAGACACACAGGCUGAGAUUGAGCAGCUGGAAACGGCCAGGAAGAGCUGGCAGCAGGAGCAGGAGACGCUGGAGCAGUCCUGGGCUCAGCGGUUACAGGAGGCUGAGGAAGAGGUCAGGAAGGCCAGGCAGUCAGACACCCGUGAGGGAGCGUGUCAGCUGGAGGUCCGGCUCAGCGCUCAGAAGGAGACCCUGCAGCAGGAGGCUGUGACAGCCCAGGCCAGAGCCGUGGAGGAAGCAGUACGAGACGCUCAAAGAGAGAUGCAGCAGAAACAUACUGAUGACAUCACACUCCAGGUUGAAGGUGCGAUAUCAAGGGCUCGCUCUCGAUGGCUCCAGGACUUGACCUCCCUCUCAGAAUACAAAAGCAGCCUGCAGAGGGAAAAAGAUGAAUGGGAGCGACUUCAACAGCAGCAUGUCCAGGAACAGGUGUCCUCGGCUGUGAAGGCAGUGGAGGAAAGGUGGCAGGACACGCUCCGCACCAAAUGCGCUGAACUGGAGCAGUGUAACGUGAGAAACAGGGAGCUCCAGGAGGAAGCGCUUACCCUCAGCAUUCGACUUGAGCGCUUGUGCCAGGAGCAGGCUGCCCUUGUGAAAGCAGAGCUGGCUGCAGCCCUAGACGUUUGGAUCAGAGACAAGCAGGAGGAGAUGUCCCGCCUCAGGGGGCAGCUCCAGAGAGAGCAGAACCUGGAGCAAACCGACAAACAAAGAGACACAGAGCUACACGAAAAUCUCAGAGAAAAGGAGCAGGAGUGGAGGGAUCAACAAGAGAUCAGACUGCAGGAGGAGAUGCUCGGUGAUCUAAAGGAGGUGCUGCAGGAGCGAGUGGAGAGCAGAAGGAGUGGAGAAGAACAGACGCUCAGCAGUGCGCCAGGAACCAUUAGAUCCAGAGUCUGGGAGAUCUGCAGAGAAUCACUCAGUCAAGCCGUCAACCAAGCCAAGCAGGAGUGGAAGAAGAGCAGUGAAGACCAGCGGAGACAUGUGCUGAAGGAAACCCAGGAGCGCCAUGAGGCAGAGAUGGCAGGUCUGACGGCCCAGAGGAAGCAGAGUGAAUGCGCUGAGUCUGUGGCCAAACUCCAGAAGAAGAAUCAAGAGCCCCAGAGACAUCUAGAGAAGGUCUGCCGGCAGCUCCAGACGACCGUACGAGAGCACAAAAACACCCUGCAGAAGAUGAAAGAUGAGCACGAGGCAGUCCUGCAGAAGGAGCAGCGGGGUCAUCUCAGAGCCCUUGAGGAACUGAAACAAACCUCAAAUGCAGAAGCACUUUCAAGCGGUUCAGUCAGCCAGCAGAAUCUUCAAGCAGGUCUUGAGGAAAUAAAGGAGCAAUACAUGAAAGCAGUGGAGAAAAUCAGAGGCGACAUGCUGCGUUACCUGCAGGAGAGUAAGGAGCGGGCGGCAGAGCUGAUCAGGACUGAGGUCCUGAGGGAAAGACAGGACACGGCCAGACGCAUGCGCAGGUACUACCUCACCUGCCUGCAGGAGCUGCUGGAGGACGGAGGCCAGGCCGCAGGAGCGGAGAAGAAAAUAAAUGCUGCUAGCAAACUGGCCGCCAUGGCCAAAGUCCUGGAGAUCCCAGUGGCCAAACGCAAGCUUUCGAGAACCCAGAACUCUCAAGGUGGGCCUGACAAAACGGACAUUGAAACCAGCGGUUCUCCUGCUAAAGUGCUGGGCGCCGAAGCCCUCAAGGAUGAUAAGAACCAACGGAUCCAUCAGAUCUACAAUCUAAAGGACACUAACUACACAUCCAAGAUGGCUAAACAGAAAGGGGUCCGAUCUAAAGCCAUCGAACCGGAUUCCCUCAAGUCUGCAGUGGUAUGUGGAUCCAAAGGCACUUUUACGGUUGCUCAGGUAACUCAAAAGCACACACACUUUGCACAUGAUAGUGUUUUUAACAGCGAUGUCAGGACCCCUAAUGUCACACUGAGAAAGCACAGCAGGGAAAUGUUCACGGAGGGUUUUGGAGAACCAUCAUCGGUCCAGUCCUUCCUGAUCGAAGAAGCUCCCGUUCGCGAUGACGGACAGAGCGACUGGAGUUUAACCAGUAACCGCUCUAACUUCAUCAACAACAUUCACCUGACCUCCUCCUAUCCAGAGCCUGGGAAGCCAUUCUCUGUUAACGGCGGUUUGGACUUUGGAAGCUCCAUCGGCGAUAGCUCUGAUGUUACGAUACACAAGGAGAUCGUUAAGCCUCAUUCUUACGCUAAACCCAAUGUGUGUGUGGACUGGAGAACAGAUAAACACAGAGAGCCAAUCCCUGGAUCUGAGGGACAUGGGGUCCGGAAAAUGUGUCCAAAGAACUUAUUUUCGGAGUUGAAAGUGUGUCAGCAGGACAGUGGGUUCGACAGCCUGUUGGCACUGCUUCAGAAAUGAAGUUUUGAUUUGUUUGUGCCUGAGCUAAAAAAUGAUUAGCUUGUGCAAGGUUUCUUUUUUUCUUGCUUGAGCCAAAUGUCUUUUGUACUCGUUUUAGCAAUUGUACUGUCCGUGCAUGAAUUUGUUAUAAAUUUUACUUAAUAAAGCAUCCUAGUU